GGGACUGAGCUUCAUUCACUGGUCACUAAGUUUCUGUUUGACUCGUGUUGAGUUAAGAACAGAGGAAGUUGAAUAUGAGACAAAUAACAUUUGAUUGAUAUAAAAACCAAAGCAGGUGACCUGCUUCACAAUCACUUAUAAAAUGAGGAGUUUAAUAAGGUUUAUAUUAUUCUCCUCCUCCUGUUUCCCCCUCCUCCUCCCCCUGCAGGAGGAGGUGGACGUCAGAGUUGUGAGGGAGGAGCCUGUCAGUCACUAUAAGAGGGGGCGUGUGGUGGUGUCAGCCUCAGUGUGGUGGUGAAGGUGGUGGUUGUUGUAGAAGCAGUCAGCCGUCAGUCUGGAGCCCUGGUACUCCUACACCCACUGGUUCCCCAUGGCCUCGUCCCAUGUGAUGAAGGAGCCAGUUCCCAGAAUGCAACCUGCCAUGAUGAUGUUCUCCAGCAAGUACUGGACCAGGAGGGGGAUGUCUCUGGACUCGGCCAUGUUUGACCAGCAGCAGCUCCGACACACGGGGGGGCAGAUGUCUCGUCGUCCGUCUUUCUGUCCAAUCAACGAGCAGCCGGAAACAGAGGGCGGAGCCUCAGAGAAAACAGCUGUGGUGUUUUCUCUGAAGAACGAGGUCGGAUGUUUGGUCAAAGCUCUGAGAAUCUUCCAGGAGAAGCGAGUGAACUUGCAGCACAUAGAGUCGAGGAGGUCUAAGCGAGCUAACGAGGUGGAGAUCUUCGCUGACUGCAGCUGCAGCAAGAAGGAGUUUCACGAACUUGUGCAACUUCUGAAAGAUCACGUCAACGUCAUCUCCUUCAACACGGCUGCACACGUGUGGUCGACUGAAGCAGAGGAAGACGAUGUUCCCUGGUUCCCGAUGAAGAUCUCCGAUCUGGAUCAGUGUUGUCACCGAGUGUUGAUGUACGGGUCCGAGCUGGACGCCGACCAUCCUGGUUUUAAAGACAACGUUUAUCGCCUGCGGAGGAAAUACUUUGUGGAAGUGGCCAUGAAUUACAAAUUCGGACAGCCCAUCCCUCGUAUCGAGUACACCCCUGAGGAGAUCAAGACGUGGGGGGUGGUGUUCAGGGAGCUGAGCAAACUGUACCCGACUCACGCCUGCAGAGAACAUCUGAAGAACCUGCCGCUGCUCAUCAAGCACUGUGGCUACCGAGAGGACAACGUCCCCCAGCUGGAGGACGUGUCCGUCUUCCUCAGAGAGUGUUCUGGAUUCACAGUUCGUCCUGUCGCAGGUUAUUUGUCUCCAAGAGAUUUUCUGGCCGCUCUAGCGUACCGAGUAUUUAACUGUACUCAGUAUGUUCGUCACAGUACUGACCCACUGUACACACCUGAACCGGACACGUGUCACGAGCUGCUGGGUCACGUUCCUCUUUUGGCCGACCCCAAGUUCGCUCAGUUCUCUCAGGAGAUCGGGCUGGCGUCUCUCGGAGCCUCCGACCAGGACGUCCAGAAACUGGCCACCUGUUAUUUCUUUACUAUUGAGUUUGGACUUUGCAAACAAGACAACGAGCUGCGAGCGUACGGAGCCGGGCUGCUGUCCUCCAUCGGGGAGCUGAGGCAUGCUCUGUCGGAUCAGGCGUGUGUGAAGACGUUCGACCCGAAGACGACAUGUGACCAAGAAUGUCUCAUCACGACUUUCCAGGACGUCUACUUUGUCUCCGAGAGCUUCGAGGAGGCCAAGGAGAAGAUGAGGGAGUUUGCUAAAACGAUCCAGAGGCCGUUCUGCGUGUUCUACAACCCGUACACUCAGAGCAUGGACCUGCUGAAGGACACACGCGGCAUCGAACGCGUGGUGCAGGAUCUACGCAGCGACCUCACCACCGUCUGCGACGCCCUGGGCAAGAUGAACACCUACAUGGGAAUCUGAUCUCUGAUUGGUCCACAGCACUCAUGUAGCUGAAGCCUUUCAUCACACCAACUCAUCCGUCUGUCAGUACACACAUGUAGUACAGAGUACACACAUGUAGUACACUGUGAACCUAAUAAUCUUCCUGUGAUCAUGAGUCUUGAUUCAUACAACACGUACGAUGUCACGUUGUGUUUUUCUGGUUACACUGUGUGUUCUCGUGUGUGUAAACUGUGAUGCAUUAAAGACGACAUGUAUGUUGUGUGAA